AUGAGCCUCUCUUACGUCGAAACAGCAGCAGCAGCUGUUCAAGCUCGAGGCCGCAUCCGCGACCACAUCUACGAAACGCCCCUCAUCCCGGCCAGAAAGGCAGGUCAGAAGCAUGGCAUCAAAGUUUUGUUCAAGGGAGAGAAUUUUCAACUCACCGGAUCAUUCAAGUUGCGAGGGGCCACGUCCAAGCUCUCGGCGCAGGGAGCCGGGGGCCGGCUGAUCACGGCAUCGUCGGGGAACCAUGGCAUCGGAGCCGCAUGCGCUGCGCAUGCACUCUCUAGAGACGUCACAGUUGUGCUGCCGGAAACAGUGGUCCCUGCAAAGCUGGAGAAGAUCAAGUCGUAUGGUGUGGAGGUCAUCUUGCAUGGAGCGGAGACCGGGCUGGCCGAACAAUAUGCCCAAAAACUCGCCGCUUCGGGAACAUAUGAGUACAUCUCGCCGUACAAUGACCCGGAUAUUGUCGCCGGCCAGGGAACCAUCGGUCUUGAGAUUCUCGAGCAGUGCAGCAAUGUGGACAACAUCUUCAUAUCGAUGGGUGGGGGCGGCCUGAUCAGUGGUAUCGGCUCCGUGAUCAAGGCAUUCAGCCCCAAGACGAAGAUCUUUGGCGUGUCAGCCAUCAACUCGAAGGCACUCGCAGAGUCUAUGGCGGCUGGCCAUGUUGUUGAGACAGAGCACUUCCCCACGUUGGCCGAAGCCGUUGCUGGCGGAAUGGACGAGGAUUCAAUUACACUACCCCUAGCCAUGGCGGUUGUUGAUCAAGUCAUUGAGUGCAGCGAAGAAGAGAUUGCGGAGGCGAUGAGGACAAUCGCUUUCGAAGAGAACAUGAUCGUGGAAGGCUCGGCUGCUCUGGCUCUUGCAGGAUUCAACAAAGUUGCGAAAGACUUGGCAGGAAAGACGAGUGUUAUUCUUCUGUGUGGUGCAAAUGUUGAUCAACAGGCCAUCAAGAAAAUCCUCUAUGGGGAGUCAUGA